UGUCUGUACAUGACAUCAGAGUAGGUCUGCAGGCUAUGGAAGCAAAAAGAGACCAGAUCACUCUAGAUUACAUCAACACAAGGGCUUGAUUCAAUCAAUAACAUCAGAAUCACUUACACACACACACAGGUCUACGAAGGGAACACAACCACGAUUCUGUGACCUGAGAUCAGAGAGAGGGAAAAUAUGAACCCACACUGAAAUAAACUAUGAUAAUCCGUUUAACAUUUUCAUAACUUUUUCAUAUCAACGUUCAAUCAUUUUUUUUCACAUCAACCCCAAGUAUUUGUAGAAUAUAGGGCUUUGUUUCGUUUACUAGAGAGUGCACGAACAGUCUAACCUCCUGCAAACGUUAAAAGCUCAGUUGUUCACACUACAUACAGUUCCUAAAGGCCUUUUGUAUGAUGUUUCAAUGGGCGCAUCACCAUGUCAUGGCUGAACAAGGGUCGGGGUAAAGAACACAGAAUGAGGUAGGCAUAUGGGGUGGAGGGGGAGGUUUUGUAUUUGUAUAGGUAAACUCCAGCACUUGCGGGUAAAGAGUAGCCUAUGGUUUAAGAGACAAUUGGAAUGGUCCCUGACGUCUAAAAAGGUCACUUCUAGUCACCACAAUGUAGACACAGGUCUAUUUUACUGUCAGUACAAGAGUAUAAAAAAGGACCUGAGAGUCUGCUGAGGGCUACGGUGCAGACAUCAAGCCCUCCAACCAUGGGAAAGAUAAUCUUUUACGAAGGCCACAACUUCCAGGGUCGACACUAUGAGUGCAACAGUGACUGUGCUGACACGUUCAGACACUUCAACUGCUGUAACUCUAUCAGGGUGACCGGCGGUCACUGGGUGGCCUACGAGAAGCCCAACUUCAACGGCUACCAGUACAUCCUGAACCAGGGAGAGUACCCUGACCACCACCACUGGAUGGGCUUCAACAACUGCAUCCGUUCCUGCCAGAUGUUCCCCCCCUACAGAGGAGCCUACAGAAUGAGAAUCUACAACAGGCCUGAGAUGUCUGGUCACAUGAUGGAGUUCAUGGACGACUGCCCCAACGUGUAUGAGCGUUUCCGCCACCGUGACAUCUUCUCUUCCAACGUCAUGGAAGGCUACUGGGUGUUCUACGAGCACCCCAACUACAGGGGUCGUCAGUACUUCCUCCGCCCCGGGGAGUACAGGGCCUGCAACGACUGGGCCUGCCACAACCCCAUGGUGGGCUCCUUCAGGAGAAUGAGGAGUGGCCUGUAAGCUUCUCACAUCUGGACUGUAACAAAGUGAUUAAACGUGCUGGUUUUUAAA